AUGUCAAUGCUCAACAAGCUAAAACAGACUCAAAAGAAUCCAGUCUUUUUAGAUGAAAAUGAAGACAUGGACGUUGACAACAUGGACUUUCCUCUUCCUACAGAAUCAAGUUCAUCUACACCAGCUGGAAUGCCUAAUUUUGCAGAACUUCAAAAGAUGAUGCAAAAUAUGUCUACUGGAGCAGCACCUACACCUGCACCUGAAUCUGACCACAUUGCUGUAGCCACUGGACCACAAGGUGUUCGUAGACUAAGUCCAGAAGAAUAUAAAGACUGGAUAUGCGUUUAUCCAUGUUAUAUUGAUGCUGACAAGUCUGUACAAGAGGGAAGAAAGAUUGCAAAGGAAAAGGCUGUUAGUAAUCCUCAUGCUUACCAUAUGGCAUUAGCAGUGCAACGCUUUGGUUUAACAGUUGUCUAUGAGAAUAAAUGUCAUCCAAGAGACUGGGCAAAUGUUGGUCGAGUUCGUGUACAGCUGAAGACUAAUGAUAGAUUUUACUGUAAUUCAAAGAUAACAAGCCGUAAGCAGCUAUUCUUGGCAAUUGCUGAAGUUUUACCCGCUGUACAAAAAGAAAGCAGUCUUCCCAAGACAAUUACAUCCCCCUUGACAACACUAGAAGACGUUGAUGAGCAAAGAAAGGCUCAAGGUUUACCUACCUUGUCAGAAAUGCAGGCAAAUAACCCAUUAGUACCACAACUACCUGCCAAACCUAAAAAACAAAAGAUUAAAUAUGUACGUGCUUAA